UCCAUGGCAUGGCCACCCACUGCGUCAAUCUCUCCAAAUUCUUCAAGAUCACAUGGGUCCAGUACCAAUGGAAGAAAAACCGCAUCAAAUCCUUCGCCUCCUCAGCUCCGACGAGUGAGGCUGGGCACCUUGAGGCUGAAGCCUUCACCGUGCUCGUGCACAACACCUGUUCGCUGAAAUGCCUCAGAGCGCUCCACGCGCGGCUCGCCGUCACGGGAUCGAUCCGGGACAACUAUGUCUUCACGGUCCUCGUCGAGAGGUAUCUUUCUUUAGGGAAGCCCGCUCCCGCGGCGUCCCUUUUCGCCGAAGGCUACCACAGCCGCCCCACUGUGUAUUCACUGAAUCUCGCCGUCCGUUGCUUCUCGGACCAUGGGUUCCACCGAGAACUUCUUGAUCUUUACAGGGAGCUGUGUGGCUUUGGGUCCGACAACUUCACUUUCCCGCCGGUCAUCAAGGCUUGCACGGCUGUGUCUUGCCUUCGACUGGGGAGGGAGGUGCAUUGCAGGGUUCUGCGGACAGGGCAUGGGGGCAAUGUUGGUGUGCAGACUGCGCUCCUUGAUUUGUACGCAAAGGCUGGCCAGAUUAAUGUGUCAAGGAGAGUCUUUGAUGCCAUGGUGGAGAGGGACUUAAUUUCUUGGAACGCUAUGGUCUCAGGGUACUCGCUCAAUGGGUGCUUCCAAGAAGCUGUAGAGAUGUUGCAGGAGAUGCAGCAGGGUGGCAUGAGGUUGAAUGCAAGCACACUUGUUGGUAUCAUUGGUAUGUGCGGUGGUGUCGAAGCAAAGGAUGUUGGUAGUUCGCUCCACGCAUUGGCAAUGAAAUAUGGGGUGAUAGCUGAUGAGCCCCUUACAUCUGCGUUCAUCUCAAUGUAUUCUGCAUUUGACAAUCUUUCCUCAUCUCGAUUGGUUUUCAAUAUGCAACCUAUGAAAGAUUUGGUAUCUUUCAAUUCCAUGAUAUCAGCGUACAUGCAGCACUGCAACUGGAAGGAAGCUUUUGAGGUCUUCAGAUUGAUGCAUUGUGCAGGCCUAGGACCUAAUCUAGUCACUGUGGUUUCUGUCCUUCCAUCUUGCAAUGAAUUCUUUGGUAUAAACCAAGGCGAGUCUGUGCAUGGUAUGAUUAUCAAGUUUGGCCUUUCAGAGCAGGUUUCUGUUGUCAGUGCUCUUGUUUCCAUGUAUUCGAAGCUUGGGAAAUUAGAUUCAGCUAUGCUCCUUUUCUGUUGUUUCACCGAGAAGAACAAUCUUGUGUGGAACUCUAUGAUUUCUGGAUACCUUGUGAACAAUGAAUGGAGCAGGGCUCUUGAUGCGUUCUGCAAGAUGCAGAUCGAGGGUGUGGCUCCAGAUGCAACAGGUAUCAUUAAUGCGAUCUCUGGAUGUAGACACACAAAAGAUUUGCCCAUGGCGAAGUCGAUACAUGCAUAUGCUGUUAGAAAUAAAUUUGAAUCAAACCAGAGCGUAAUGAAUGCACUCCUAGCUAUGUAUGCCGACUGCGGAGAUAUAUCAGCUUCCUAUACAUUAUUCCAGAAAAUGGAAAUACGGAUGUUAGUAUCUUGGAACACUAUGAUAUCUGGUUUUGCUGAAAUAGGGGAUUCAGAAGCUUCUCUAAUGUUAUUCUUCCAGAUGUGCCACGAAGAAGUGCAGUUUGAUUUAGUAACUCUGAUUGGUGUUAUUAGCGCCCUUUCAGUGUCCGAGGAUGCUACAAUUGGAGAAUCAGUUCAUUCUCUAGCAAUCAAAAGUGGAUGUAAUUCUGAUGUUUCUCUUACAAAUGCCCUCAUUACCAUGUACACCAAUUGUGGUAUUGUUGAAUCAGGUCAGAAACUUUUUGACAGUUGUUCUGCGAAUACAAUCACUUACAAUGCUCUGAUGAGUGGAUAUCGCAAAAACAACUUAUCUGAAAGGAUAUUGCCUUUGUUUUACCAAAUGGUCAAGAAUGAUGUGAAACCAAAUCUUGUAACAUUACUGAAUUUAUUGCCUGUUUGUCAGAGCCAGUUGCAAGGGAAGUCUAUACACAACUAUGCAGUACGAAAUUUCACUAGGCUGGAAACAGCCCUCUUCACAUCAGCUAUGGGUAUGUAUAGUAGGUUCAACAAUAUAGAAUACUGCAGCAAAAUUUUCAGUUUAGUUGGUGAAAGAAACAUUAUAUUAUGGAAUGCCUUCUUAUCUGCAUGUGUCCAAUGCAAGCAGGCUGAUAUGCUAGUUCAUUUGUUCAAGCAUAUGCUCUUUCUUAAUGUCAAACCUGAUGCAGUAACCAUGCUUUCACUCAUGUCAGCUUGUUCACAGCUUGGAGAUGCAGAUUUUGCUGCAUGUGUUACGGCUGUCAUCCUUCGGAGGGGUUUUGGUGCAAAGGUUUUGGUUCUUAAUGCUCUUAUUGACAUGCAUUCAAGAUGCGGAAGCAUAUCCUUUGCGAGGGAGCUCUUUGAUAGCUCAGUGGAGAAAGAUUCAGUCACUUGGGGUGCAAUGAUCAACGCAUACAGUAUGCAUGGGAAUGGUGAGGCUGCCCUUGAUCUUUUCUCGGUGAUGAUAGAUUCAGGAGUGGAUCCGGAUGACAUAACUUUUGUUAGUAUCUUGUCAGCCUGCAGUCAUAGUGGCUUCGUAGAGCAAGGGAGAAAAUUGUUCAAAUCACUACAGGCAAUCUAUGGCAUUACACCACGAAUGGAGCAUUAUGCAUGCAUGGUGGAUCUAUUGGGCCGAACUGGCCACUUGGAUGAAGCAUAUGAUAUUGUUAGGACAAUGCCGUUCAGGCCAUCAGAUAAUUUGCUUGAAUCGUUGCUUGGAGCAUGCAGAUUCCAUGGUAAUUCUAAAAUUGGCGAGUCUGUAGGGAAAUUGCUCAUUGAAUCUGAGCAUGGAAAGUCAAGAUCUUAUGUCAUGCUCUCGAAUAUCUAUGCUUCAGCUGGCAAAUGGAGUGACUGUGAGCAGCUCAGAUCAGACAUGGAAGCAAAAGGAUUGCGGAAAGAUGUGGGGGUUAGCUUAAUUGGGAUGGCAUAGUAGCCCUGAUGAAACAAAGGUUUAGAGUUUGACAUGUUUGUUGUCACACAUUACAGUUUUGGGUGAUGUCUUGAAACUAUGCGCAUAUCUGGCUUACAGACUGACUCAAGGAGAUCCGGUCAUAUCCAAAUUGGAUAUCAGUUACAUGAGCACAGCAAAAUAUGCAGAGGAUUGAGCAGACAAUUGAAGAUUUACACAUGCAAUUCUGGAAUACCUUUACUGUCCAGUACUCAGUUAGUAACAAAUUUGUUGAGUUGUGGCUUGAAAGAAUGGCAGACAAGAAAAUUGAAGAGGCCAAUUCAUCUCACAUUGUAUCUUCACCAAAAUCUUUGCAAAGUUCAGUAGAGCCUAAACUAAUUGAAGGUACUGAUGAAGAUUAUCAUAAUAACCUUCUGAAGAAAGCAAGUGCUAAUUUUGAGGCACCAAUGCAGCAAGAGUAUACUAUUAGCCUUGUAUUAGCUGAGAACAAAAGGAAUUUGCAAGAAAUUUCAGUUGAACAAGAGGUUCCUACUGGUGACUCAAACCUUUCAGCAAAAGUGGACAGCAGUGAAAUGACAUCUACGAAUGAAGUUCAUGAUGGUAUUACAUCUUCCUCUAAUGGAGCCCAUGGUGAUUCUAACACAAUGAGAUCAAACACAGCUAGUUCCAUGCUUGAGGCAUCAAUGCAGCAAGAAUGCCCUAUGAGCCUCAUAUUGACUGACGGGAAAGGCAAUUUGCAAGAAGUUUCAGUUGAACAAAAAGUUCCUAUUGGUGAUUUUGUUGCUCUGUCACCAAAAGCAGGCAGCUGCGAAUUAAUGUUCACCAACAAAAUACCUGAUGGCUUUCCAACUUCCUGUAGUGAUGCUUAUGAAUCAAAGGAAGCCCAAGAUGAUUCUAUCAAAAUGGAAGCUUCAGAAGUAAAUGUCUCUGCAGAUUCAGAGUCUUUGCUUAGGUUAAAUGAAGGGGUCCAAGAUGAUGCUUAUUGUAUUAAUUCUGGUAAGGUUGCUUGUGGAACACCACCUGACAUCCAGAAAAAGGUGAAAGAAGAUAGACCACUGACUGUCAACAGAUUUCAUAAGCACCAAAUGGACCUUGGAGACACAGGGCAAAAGGUCCCUACACCUGUGAGCAGAUCAAGCACCAGAAAGUACUUGAGAAUGGAUAAAACCACUGUUGAUACUACAACCCCCAUCGAAUCAGUAAAGGUUGCUGCAUCAAAAUUUGGUGGUAGCAUCAACUGGAAAACUCAUAGAUCACAGACAGCACGAGAGAGUGACCAUACUAUACUUGAGCUUGAUAAGCUGAAGAAUGAAAUUUCAGAAUGUAAACGUCAAGCAGAAGCUGCAGAGGCUGCAAAGUUAUCAGUAUUCAAUGAGCUUGAGAGAACAAAGAACAUUAUUGACGAGAUGACACACGUCCUGGAGAAGCAACAAGCCAUAGAGGUGGAUGCCAAGGACUUGGAAUUGUUUCAAUUUAUUUUACAAGAGAUGGAGGGAGUUGACUUUGGCAAUAGUACUGUAGCUGAGGAGAAGUUGAAUAAUAUUCAAGAACGGCGCAAAUCAUUGGUUGCCAAAAUUAUGUUAGUGAAAGAUGACUUCAGAAAAGUCCAGGUGGAUUAUGAUUCUUUGUUGAUAGAAACAGAUAUUUCCGUUAGAAAAGCUCAGACAGCCUUAGCAAUGUCCAAAGAUGCCGAGAAACAAGUGGAGGAGCUCACCAUAGAGCUCCAAAGACUGAAGGAGGUGUUUGAUUUGGCUCAGUCCACAUGCCAUGAUGCUGAAGAAAACAAGAAAGGCACAUUGAUGGCGCGUGAUGCGGAUUGCCUGGCAUGGGAAAAGGAUCUCAGACAAGCAGAGGAAGAACUGAAUCAAAUCAGCAUGGAGCUUUCUGCUGUUCAAGAAUUGCAAUCACAGGUUGACACAUCAUCCAGCUUGUUGCUGGAUCUCAAGAAUAAGGUAGCCACUUAUAUGGAGGCGAAGUUAAUCGAGGAAGCACAGGAACAAGAAAGUGGAACUCAAAAAUCCAUGCAAGAAGAAGCCAUCAUUCUGUCAAGGAAUGAGAUCGAGGAGCACAAGAAAAGCAUUGCCAAGGUGACAGAUGAAUUAUGCGCUCUGAAAGCAACUGCUGCAUCACUCGGGUCACAGUUGAACAAAGAGAAAACAGCACUUGCCGCCAUUCAGCAGAGGGAAGCGAUGGCAUCCAUAACCAUCCAAUCUCUCAAGGUGGAGAUUAAAUUGUCUCAGCAGGAACUUGAAGCAGUUCGUGCGAAGGAGAAGGAGCACGGAGAUAAAGCAGUCAAGUUGCCCAAGGUUCUGCAAGAUGCAGCCAAUGAAGCCAACAAGGCUAAGUCCGUCGCUGCCAAGACACGGGAAGAAUUAAGAAAGGCAAAGGAAGAAGUGGAGCAAGCGAAGGCUGCUCUGAGCACUACGGAAUUCAGGCUUGAAGCAGUUCUGAGAGAGAUAGAAGUGGCGAAAGAGUCUCAGUGGCUGGCGCUUAAUACUCUGGAUGACAGCAAGGUUUCAGCAAACAUCAAACAACAGGGUUCUUCUCAGAUGAUCGCACUUGAUGUGGAUGAGUACACAUCUCUGGUCGAGAGGUCCCAUCGGGCAGAAGAGCUUGCGCACGAGAAGACAGCUGCUGCUAUUGCACAGGUCGAGGCAGCCAAGGAGUCUGAAUCACGCACCUUAUCAAGACUGAACGAAACAUACAAGGCCUUGGAAGAACGAAAGCAGGCAUUGCUCGCCACCACAGAGCGGGCCGACAGGGCCACAGAGGGCAAGCUGGCCAUGGAGCAGGAGCUGAGGAAAUGGAGAGAGGAGAACGGCAGGCGCCGCAGGGCUGGUGACUGGGCUUCAAAAUCUGAAGCCAAACCUUCAAACACCGCAGAGAUCAUCCGUGGAGACACGAAAUGCACGAUCAGAGAAGACAGUUGCGCCCCCUCGUCAGUUCAUCCUCUGUCGGACGCGUCCGGGAGGAGCAGCCCCAACGACCUGGCCCUGCAAGCGAAGACGAAGAAGGCAAAGAAGCUGUCGCUCUUCCCGCGCAUCAUCAUGUUCCUGGGCAGGAGGCGGCUCAAAGCUGCCAGGUAACAGUCUCUCUUUCCUGCGAUGUUUGCCAGUGCUGGAGUGUGUAAAUUUGCAGUAGUUGCUGCCGAUGGUACGUUGACUGUGUGUGUUGAAAGUUGCUGGUGAAUGUACUAUUUCAGUUUGCUGUACAAGAAUGCUUCUGUAAACACAAUCGUAUCUGGUUCUUCUGUUCC